AUGAGCGACCUCGCCAAUUAUCGGCGCGACCUGGCCGUCCUCGAUCCUUCUGGCGGUCAAUUGCACAAUGCGCCCUUGAGUUCUUUUGGCACAACAUUCUUUGAUGACUCCAGCGAUGCUCUUUCUGUCGCAUCGCAGCUGUCCCCAGCUUUUGGGUCCAGUUCCAGGUCUAACUACAACAAUCAAUCAAGGAUAGUGGAGACGCCAGGAAGUACCGACUCGGCAGCCUACUUCAACGAUGAAAGACGGCCGUCAGUGGCGAGCGUCACAACUGCAAGUAGCCAGGGUUCAAAGAAUAGUACCACCAGAGGCGGAUUUAAAAAGCUACAAGGCUUCUUUGGGGAGGAAUAUCCUGGUCGCGAUGGGUCCGAAACGAGCCUGCCGACGACCUUGGGCGGGCCUGUGAAAGAGCAGCGCUCCUACUCAUUUAAUCGACCCACUAGGGAAAGGAACUAUUCAAAUGCCACUGACCACACCCGCGAAGCUUCCCCAUCCUCAUCGCGACCUAGGACCCCAGUGCCCUCCAGCGAUGUAGUGCCAUUCUUAUACCAAGACGCUGACGAUAUUGGUAAAUACGGCGAGGCGCCUGUUCGCGACAUACUUGCUGGUCCAGACAAGGAGCGAUACCAGGAUAAUGCAGGCCCGCUGCCUCCCAAGACCUCGUCUUCCUCACGGUCAGCCCACUCCAUCGUCCACCUACCAGGUCACCAUCACAGGCACAAGAACAGCAAUGAGGAUUCUCGAUCCUUGAGACCCGUCGUCAGCCGAGAAGACUCCGUAUCGAGUGUCAACAUCAUGAAGGACCGCGGCGGCUCUGUCGCCACCGGCGGCGCCAGGCGAGCUCAGAGUCCAACGCCAAGUGCGAACAAUCUUCGCCUCGCAUCCGUCGAUGGCUCCGAUUCACCGGGACAUAAUGGCAAACGGGGCAUUCUCGAUCGGCUGCGCCAUCGUAAACAUAAAGACGACCAACCAUCCCGCCUUCGCGAAAUGCCAACUUCCUCGCAGUCACUUGUGACGCCCAACUCGUCUAGGCAAAACCUCGUCAGCAAAGACACGUCCCCGUACAUGAACAAGCCCCUGCCUCCGAUCGAUCAGACGCAAGACAUGCAAGGCCCGCGACCUGCUAAUCAGCGGCAGGCGACUUUCAACAACAAAUUCCCCUUCGCCAAGAAGGGUCGCUCGAAUAAAUACGACGAGGACGACGAAUACAUCGGCCCGAAAGAUAGAAAUGAUGCUGGGAGGAUGUUUCACCUCGACACGGAUCUUAAUAAUAUGGAAGGCAUUCUGGCUCAUCCCCCACCCCUAACGCCCAUGGACCCUGCUAUAUUUGUCCCACAGGAGGCGGCUCAAGAGAUCGAGAGGGUCAAUUCCGGCAAUGGAGCAUGGGCCGCACCGGACAGCUGGGCCGUCCGACGCAAUGCGGAAGAACAAGCUCCUUCCACCGAGAACCUCGAAGAGUCCGUCAUUUUGCCACGACCAGAAGAAAAAAGAGCGGCACAUUGCAUACGGGUCUUCCGUGCCGACGGCACUUUUGCCACUAUCCAGUUGCCCCUGGACUCCACAGUCUCCGAGGUCAUGUCUCAUGUCGUUAAGAAGACAUACGUGCAAGACGGCUUGGAGAACUACCAUAUGAUCCUCAGGAAACAUGACCUUGCACGGGUCUUGGCGACUGUUGAGCGACCACUCCUCAUCCAGAAACGGCUUUUGCAACAAGUCGGGUACGAGGAGAAGGACCGUCUUGAAGACAUCGGCAGAGAGGACAAUAGUUACCUUUGCCGUUUUCUAUUUCUCUCGGCCAGGGACAACGACUAUGCAGCUGUUCGGAAUGAACUUGGACUCACUAGGAACGCCAAGUACAAUCACGUGGAUUUAUCUGGCCGCAACCUGAUUACAAUACCUAUUAGUUUGUAUUCCAAGACCAGCGACAUCAUAUCCCUUAAUCUAUCCCGGAACCUAUCAUUGGACUUGCCCAGAGAUUUUAUUCAAGCAUGUCCUCAGCUAAGGGACAUCAAAUUUUCCAACAACGAGGCACGCAAGCUGCCCAUCAGCAUCGGGAGAGCCAACCGUCUAACAUAUCUUGAUGUGUCCAACAACCGCUUAGAAGAGCUCGAACAUGCUGAACUCGGUAAUCUGACUGGCUUGUUGAAGCUCAGUCUGGCCAAUAAUCGGCUCAAUACCCUGCCACAUUACUUCAGUGCCUUUAAGUCGCUGCGCUCGCUGAAUGUGUCGUCAAACUUCCUUGACAAAUUCCCUCCUUUCCUCUGUGAUCUAGAGGGAUUGGUCGACAUAGAUGUCAGCUUCAACUCCAUUGCCGAACUACCUGAGGAAAUUGGCAGAAUGAGGACCCUAGAAAAGUUUGUCAUGACAAACAACAGAUUAGCCGGCGCAUUGCCAUCGACUUUCAGCAAUCUUUUCAAUCUUCGCGAACUUGAUUUGAAGUUCAACACACUCACGGCGAUCGACGUCAUUGCAGAGCUACCAAAGCUUGAGACUUUGUCCGCCGACCACAAUAAGAUUUCGCAAUUCAUUGGAACUUUCGACUCUAUGCGAAAUUUGAAGCUUAAUUCGAAUCCAAUCACUAAGUUUGAAAUAGUUGGGCCAGUUCCGACCCUGAAAAACCUGAAUUUGUCUAACGCUCAGCUUGCCAGCAUUGAUGGAUCAUUCAACAACAUGUUGAAUCUGGAGAGACUCAAUUUGGAUAAAAAUUACUUUGUUUCGCUACCCAAUCAGAUUGGCAAUCUUCGAAGACUGGAGCAUUUCAGUAUUGCCAACAACUCAGUCGGUGAACUCCCGCCAGAGAUCGGCUGCCUGACUGACUUGAAAGUCCUCGAUGUAAGAGGCAACAAUAUGAGGAAACUGCCGAUGGAAUUAUGGUGGGCUCACAAACUGGAAACAUUAAAUGCGUCCUCAAACGUGUUGGGCGAUUUUCCCAAGCCAGCAUCCCGUCCACCCCAGGUUCCUGGAGAAAACCCGAACACGCUUGGGUCGAAUAACACCAAGCCAAUGCCCGGACUUCUUUCGACGGCGUCAAGCACCGAGGAUCUACUUCCUGACGGAACAAGGCGACCAAGCCAAGCAUCAAGCACAUUACUCAGCGUUGGCCCGUCUCCUGUUCCUGGAGGGCCUGAUAGAAAGAGUUCCGUCGUUUCCGUUUAUGGCAAGGGUGGCCGCAAAACAUCCGUAAUGUCUAGAAGUACGACUGGCAGCACUAACGGCACUACCGUUACUCCAUCGAUGACUUCUAGGAAAGAUUCCGGACUGUCUGGCAAGUUAGCCAAUACUUUUGCUGGCUCCUUGCGUAAUUUGUAUCUUGCAGACAAUCAACUUGACGACGACGCCUUUGACCAAGUCACACUUUUGGGAGAACUGCGUGUACUAAAUCUGUCCUAUAACGACAUAAGCGAUAUGCCACAAAGAUCAAUAAAGAGCUGGCCUCAGCUCGUUGAGCUCUACCUAUCAGGAAAUGAUUUGACAAGUCUCCCCGUCGAUGACCUCGAGGAGUACAGCUUAUUACAAAUACUCCACAUUAACGGAAACAAAUUCACCAAUCUGCCCGCGGAUAUUUCGAGAGCCAAAAAGCUGGCUGUUUUGGACUGUGGAAACAACGCAUUGAAGUACAAUAUCUCGAAUGUUCCUUACGAUUGGAAUUGGAAUCUCAACCCUCAAUUGCGGUAUCUCAAUUUAUCCGGAAACAAACGAUUAGAAAUCAAGCAAACUGGAUUUACUGGCACGGCGUCACAACACCGAGAACAGUAUACUGAUUUUUAUCGUUUAACCACACUACGCAUUCUUGGGUUGAUGGAUGUUACCCUUACUCAGCCAAGCAUCCCAGAUCAGAGCGAAGACCGACGUGUGAGAACUUCAGGUUCUCUUGCUGGCCAUUUACCAUACGGUAUGGCAGAUACUCUUGGCAGAAAUGAGCACUUAUCCACAAUCGAUCUGGUCGUUCCCAGAUUCAACUCUUCGGACUCGGAGACUCUGUUGGGUUUGUUCGAUGGUCAGGCUCUCAGUAGUGGUGGCUCUAAGAUUGCCAAAUAUCUUCAUGAGAACUUUGGCCAUAUCUUCGCUUUGGAGCUCAAAGCUCUAAAGACAAGACAGAACGAAACCCCUCAGGACGCCCUUCGUAGAGCCUUCCUCGCUCUCAACAAAGAUCUAGUGUCGAUUGCGUCCUCGCAUACCGAGGACAGACCGCAAGGUGCUCAUCGUGGGUCAUCGGCUCCACUAGUCCUUAGCAAGGAGGAUUUGAACUCGGGUGGCGUCGCCACUGUCGCUUAUCUACAAGGCCAAGAGCUCUACGUGGCUAAUGUUGGCGAUUGUCAAGCGAUACUUAUCCAGUCCGACGGAUCCCACAAGAUGCUCACGCGACGGCAUGAUCCCGCUGAGCCCGCCGAACGUCAACGCAUCCGCGAUGCUGGCGGUUGGGUGUCCCGACAAGGAAAACUCAACGACUUGCUUGAGGUAUCGCGUGCUUUUGGCUAUGUUGACCUGAUGCCUGCUGUCCAAGCAGCACCUCAUGUCACGCAGCUCCAUAUCACGCCGCAGGAUGAAACGAUUUUGAUUGCCACCAAGGAUCUUUGGGACUACCUUACCCCUGGACUUGCAGUAGACAUUGCCCGAUCGGAACGAGGUGACCUUAUGCGAGCGUCGUCGAAGCUGCGAGACCUUGCUAUGGCUUACGGCGCAUCUGGAAAAAUCAUGGUCAUGCUACUUAGUGUAUCUGACCUUAAGCGCCGUCAAGAAAGGUCAGCACGCCUGCAUAGAGGUCAGAGCAUGUCACUGUACCCCUCUGGCGUACCAGAUGAAUUCCAGUACCCCGCCAAACGGGGCAGAAAAGCAAAGGGAGAAGUUCUAGACUCCACACUGCACCGGCUCGAGGCUGAAGUUCCAGCUCCGACAGAGAAGCCGUCGAUCGUCUUCACUGACAUCAAGAAUUCAACGAACUUAUGGGAGAUGUAUCCUUCUGCUAUGAGGUCGGCCAUCAAGCUACACAACGAGGUUAUGCGACGACAGCUUCGAAGAAUUGGCGGUUACGAAGUCAAAACGGAAGGCGACGCUUUCAUGGUUUCCUUCCCAACAGCGACUUCAGCACUAUUGUGGUGUUUUGCUAUCCAGACCGAGCUUCUCAAGGUUCCAUGGCCGGCAGAGAUCCUAAACUCAGUUACUUGCCAAGAUGUUAUGGACAACGAGGGCAAUCUAAUUUUCAAAGGUCUUUCUGUAAGAAUGGGUAUUCAUUAUGGUGAGCCCGUGGCUGAGAUUGACCCUGUCACACGACGAAUGGACUAUUUUGGACCCAUGGUCAACAAAGCUUCCCGUAUUUCAGCUGUUGCCGACGGAGGUCAAAUCACCGUAUCUGCCGAUUUCAUAUCAGAGAUUCAGCGCUGCCUCGAAACCUACCAAGAGAGCGAGCGUAAUGGCUCUAAGGUUGCCGAAGACACUUUCGAUGAAGACUCUACGGCGACACAGAUUCGUAGGGAGCUUCGGUCGCUCAGCUCUCAAGGUUUUGAGGUCAAGGAAAUGGGCGAGAAGAAACUGAAGGGACUUGAAAACCCAGAGUAUGUUUAUGCAUUAUAUCCACAUGCAUUAGCUGGUCGUAUCGAACACCACAACCAAGAUCGCCCUACAACAGUAGACAAGCCUGCUGUUCUUGAGCCCGGCAGUGAACUUGGAUUCGAUCCUGAGAUGAUAUGGUCUUUAUGGAAAGUGUCAUUACGCCUCGAGAUGCUUUGCAGUACCCUCGAGGAAGUCACCGGCAGGGGGCUGCAACCACCAGAGACUGAGCUCCUGGAAAGAAUGAAACAGCGUGGCGGAGAAGUCACCGAACGGUUCUUGUUCAAUUUUAUGGAACAUCAAGUGAGCCGUAUCGAGACCUGCGUUACAACCUUGACCGUUAGACAUCUGGCCGCUGGUCGCGGCCCAAUCUCUCAGCUCGACGAUCUCCGAGCGCCAAUGCCUGCGAUCCUUGAUGGCAUUGCUAAGCAGCUGAGGCUUCUCGAGCUAUACAAAGCUAAAUAUGGCCAUCUAGAAGAAUUCGAAGAACUCGACGGGAGCGACACCGAAAUGGAGUAG